ACCAUGUCGGGAUCAGCAAACCAAUCGGGCGACGAAGGCGAUAUCGAUCUUAAAGAACAAGACCGUUUUUUGCCGAUCGCAAAUGUUGCACGCAUCAUGAAGAAGGCUUUGCCCGAAAAUGCCAAGAUUGCGAAAGACGCGAAAGAGUGUGUCCAAGAAUGUGUCUCUGAGUUUAUCUCAUUCAUAACUAGCGAAGCAAGUGACCGAUGCCAGCAGGAAAAGAGAAAAACAAUUAACGGCGAAGAUAUAUUGUGGGCUAUGCAAUCUCUUGGAUUUGAAAGCUACGCAGGCGCAUUAAAGAUUUAUCUCACAAAAUAUCGCGACACUACUAAAACUGACAGACCUACUACAGCCAAGGAAAAAGAAGAUGGACCAAUUUAUGUUCCUCAGCCAUCUGGAGAGCAUGGUACCGAAAGUUAUUAUAAUGCUAUUGCUCAUCAAUAUUUGGAUCCAAACAAGAACUAAGGUUCAUUAUUCACUAUAAGCCUUUCCGCUAAGGCUAGUAAUAUCAUGAUUAACUAGUAGUACAUUAUAUACUCGUGUAUUGUAUACUGGCUUCAAAAAAAAACAAAAAAAAAACAAAAAAUGUGUAUAUUGU